GGAACCGGAUUUAGGAAAAUGUGAGCCAAAAAAGCAACACAAAACAGUAAAAGGUGGGAUCUUUUUUGACGCACUUCUUCGGGUAUUCCUAUAAUUCUGUUAACUGAGGAACUUUAUGAGCAGCCAAACAAACUUUACUAAGUAAUACUUUCAUGGUGUUAGCCUGUGCUAGCAGUGGAGCUAUGAGUCUGUUUUCGUCUCUCUCUUCUUUUUUUUUUAGCAGCUUUUAACCUUAAAUUCUCCUCAGGCCGGAACUGCCUUACUGCUUUUUGCUCUUUGAAUGCUUAAAAACGUUUUCCUCGUUAACAUAAAUCGUUUUUUGAGCCAUGAAUCCACCCAAUCCGUUCGGUAGUGUCCAAGUAGGAGCUUUCCAAACCUCGAGUAGCAGCGUGAAGCCCAGCCAGUUAUCAUCAUUUGGGCAGCAGAGCUCCAGCACACAGGCCCCGCAGAGUGUGGGAUUUUUCGGGCAGCCGCCCCCUCACGGAAGCAACAUCUUUGGACAAUCCCCGGCCUUUGGACAGCCAUCUGCGCAGGCUUCAGCGUUUGGACAGCCAUCAGCCCAGGCUUCAGCGUUUGGACAGCCAUCAGCCCAGGCUUCAGCGUUUGGACAGCCAUCUACCCAGGCUUCGGCGUUUGGACAGCCAUCUGCCCAGGCUUCGGCGUUUGGACAGCCAUCUGCCCAGGCUUCGGCGUUUGGACAGCCACCUGCCCAGGCUUCCUCGUUUGGACAGCCACCUGCCCAGGUUUCGGCGUUUGGACAGCCACCUGCCCAGGUUUCGGCGUUUGGACAGCCAUCAGCCCAGGCUUCCUCGUUUGGACAGCCAUCAGCCCAGGCUUCAGCGUUUGGACAGCCAUCAGCCCAGGCUUCAGCGUUUGGACAGCCAUCAGCCCAGGCUUCAGCGUUUGGACAGCCAUCAGCCCAGGCUUCAGCGUUUGGACAGCCAUCUGCCCAGGCUUCAGCGUUUGGACAGCCAUCUUCCCAGGCUUCAGCGUUUGGACAGCCAUCUUCCCAGGCUUCAGCGUUUGGACAGCCAUCUGCCCAGGCUUCAGCGUUUGGACAGCCAUCUGCCCAGGCUUCAGCGUUUGGACAGCCAUCUGCCCAGGCUUCAGCGUUUGGACAGCCAUCUGCCCAGGCUUCAGCGUUUGGACAGCCAUCUGCCCAGGCUUCAGCGUUUGGACAGCCAUCUGCCCAGGCUUCAGCGUUUGGACAGCCAUCUGCCCAGGCUUCCUUGUUUGGGAAGCCGCCAUCAGGAGUGAGCAGCACGGGUUUUGGGGGUGGCACAACACCGGCUUUUGGACAGACUGGAGGUCCCGGUCAGAGUUCAAUGUUUGGGCAAACACCUGCUUUUGGGCAGGCUUCGGGAUUUGGCAAACAGCCACCAGCAAUCGGCCAGCAGCCCUCUGGGUUUGGGAGCCCACUGAGACCCGCAGUGAGUCAGCCUCAGCCUCUCGGGUUUGGACAGCCAUCAUCGUCAUCCACCAGUGCCACCACCAACACCAGUCUGCGUGGGCCAGGUCAGAACAGGAGCUUCGCACCAUCUGAAUUUAGUUUCAGGCCAGCCAAUGAGGCACUUUUCAAACCCAUCUUUAGUGCCAGUCCUGAGCCCACCAACCCCACAACCACUUCACUGUCCAACUCAGCUUUUGGUGGGUCCCAGACAACCUCCAGCACCACCACCACAUCUGAUUUUCCUCUGUUGCCUAAGUCUGAGUCUUUAGACUUCAGCUUCUCUGAACCAGCCUCAGCCCCCUCUAUCUCCUCUCAAAGUAACCCACUAUCAACUGACAGCAGUAGUGGUCCAGCUACCACUCUUCAGUUCACCUUCUCUCAACCAGCCACACUCACCAGCUCCAGCACUAAGGCUGCCACCACAGAGCCCACCACCCCGUCGUCUUUCAGCUUUACACCCAAAACCCUCCAGCCUCAGGCAGCACAGCUUUUUGCAGGAACAACUUUUGGUCAAUCCUCAGCUUUUAGUGAAACCAAAACCAAAGAAGAGGCCAGUACAGAUGUCAAAGUCCAUACGAGCCAAGGGGACAUCAGCAUAUUUGCACGGCUUGGCAAAGGCACCAAGCGGAAAGACGAUCCAUCAAUCUCUAGCACCGGCCUUGAGAAAUCAGCUGUCCCUGAGGAGGAUGUUCCACCUGAAGCAGAUUCACUGAGACAUCCCCCGAAGAGGCCGCUGAUGAGGUCGCGUGGCCCGCCAAGAGGAUUAUUCAGCCGAGCAUUGAGCAGUCUUCGUAAGGAUGGUGCUAAACCAGUGAGGCGGGAGGCUGCAAACAAACAGGAGAGGGAGGAGGUCCAAACUCAGAGUGGUGACUUCUUUGUAACGCCACCUGCUGCCCAGACACUGACCAUAGAUGUGCAGGAUAAAGCUGAAGAACCAGAUUCAGCAAAACCUUCAGAAUCAAAGGUUGCAACCACGACCCCAAAUAGACGUGGCUCACGCACUGAGAGCAUGGACAGCCUGAGCGGCAUGUCUCCCACCGACUGCACCUCACUCAUGUGCAAGAACGUCCCUUCAGCACUCAACAGAAGAGACACGAUCGAGAAGCACUUUGCUCGGUUUGGGAAAGUUCACAAGAUUAUCUGCCGGCCCGCCAAGAACCUCACCAUAGUGUACUUCAAUGACCAUGUAUCAGCGGCAAAGGCAAAGAAAAAAGGCAAAAUCCUGCAAGGAAAAGAGCUUCUCCUCCUGUGGCAGAGAAAGAAGCAGAGUCCAGUGGAGAAAGCGGGUAGACCUGGAACUGGAAAGGAGACGUCAGAAGGAGAAGGCCAGGAGGACAUGGAGUCAAAAGCAGGUUCUUCUUCACCACUCCGGAGACCCACCCUCAGACCUCCCACACUCAGCAGCACGGUGACCUUCAGCCGCAGCUCCCCGGUGAAGAAGCCUUCCCCCGUAAAGGCUCUGCAGUUUGACACUGAACCUCAGAAAGAGAGCAGCACCAGCCAGAGCCAGAGCUCCGAGCGCCCGGUCCCAUCCUCUCUCCUCCCCCUCAUCGGGCAGGUGGCUGAGACCGCAGAGGACAAAUACCGCCUCCUCGAGCAGAGAGACAAGAUCCUGCGUCAAGGCCGGCCAAAGCGGACAGACCUCCACCUUUCCAAGGUAUUUGUGGGGACGUGUCCUGACAUGUGUCCUGAGAAGGAGAGGUACAUGAGAGAAACUCGGAACCAGCUCAGCGCAUUCGAAGUCAUUCCAAGCACGGAGACGGUGGAUCACAAAGCCGCCAUCAAGGAGUACAGCCGCUCAUCAGCCGACCAGGAGGAGCCCCUGCCCCAUGAGUUGCGUCCUUUGCCUGUACUCAGCAUGACUAUGGACUAUCUGGUGACGCAGAUCAUGGAUCUGGGCCACGACAACUACCGGGACUGGUACGACUUUGUCUGGAACAGAACCCGCGGCAUCCGCAAGGACAUCAUCCAGCAGCACCUCUGCUGCCCACAAACGGUGUCUCUGAUUGAAAAGUGCACCCGCUUCCACGUGCACUGUGCCCACCACCUCUGCGAGGAGCACAUGUCAACGUUCGACCCCAAGAUAAACAACGAGAACAUGACCAAGUGCCUGCAGAGCCUGAAAGAAAUGUACCAGGACCUGGCUACGCGUCACAUCUUCUGCCCCCGUGAGCCGGAGUUCCGUCAGUACAGCGUUCUGCUGAAGCUCAACGAUGGGGACAUCCUGCGUGAGGUGCAGCAGUUUCGUGAUGAGGUGCGAAACUCCGCCGAGGUGAAGUUUGCGGUGCAGGCAUUUGCUGCCGUCAACAGCAACAACUUUGUUCGCUUCUUCAAGCUGGUGAAAGGAGCCUCGUACCUCGCCAGCUGCCUCCUGCACAGAUACUUCAACCAGGUCAGAGCUAAGGCGCUGAAGACCCUGAACAUGGCUCACACUGUGGGUCCCCGCUCCACUUUGUUUCCUGUUAACGACGUCGUGCGGAUGCUGAUGUUCCGCACCGCUGCAGAAGCGACUGACUUCAUCCAGCAGUACGGCCUCAACGUCAACGAUGGCAUGGUUGAGCUGAGUCGAAUAGCCUAUCAGGAGCCAGAGCUGCCGCUAUCCCAGAAGAAGUCUGAGGUGAUUCUCGCUAAGAGAACGGUCUUGAUUGGGGAGGUGGUGAACGGAGGGCCCCUCCCGAACCCUCCCCAGCACACCCCCGUCUGCAGCUUUGACUCCCAGAACAAAUACAGAGGAGAAGGAGGCUUGAUCGAGGCCACGCCAUCCCACUUUAAAGUCAUUGGUGACAGAAUGGAGCUGAAGGCGCCACCCAGUGGCGAGCUGCUGUCUCAGGUCGUACCAGUCAAAGCUCCCGAUGUUCCUGCUGCCUUUGGGGCAGCUGCAGCUAUUAUAGAUGAGACGGGAGAGCCCUCGACCCACCCAGCUGAGCCCCAGCAGCUAUUCCAGCCUGUCAGACCCCCAUCACCUCCACCCAAACCUCAGCUGGUGUUCAGUGAUGAGGACAUCAUGGCUGAGCUGGAUGGUGUGGUAGAAGAGGUGGUUGAUGCAGCAGUGAGGGAGAUGGCUGAGGCCGGCGCCAGCUACGCUUCAGCAGCGCUCAAGGAGAGCAGCGUGCAGGUGGAGAUGAUGGUGAGCGAGGUCCUGAGGCAGAUGCUACAGGAGGUGUCUGCUGCCGAGAUCAAGCUGGAGCAUGAGCGCGUCGCUGAAGAAAAACGCAAGCUUGAAGAAGCUAGGAGGCGUCAGGAGCACGAGGCUUUCCUAACUCAGUUUAGCUUCUCUCUCUGCACAGAGGUGAUGCAUGAAGUGCUAGAUGAGACCAUAAAGGAGACCGCUGCCUCUGAGAUCCAGGAGGCAUUGAAUGAGAAGGCAGAGCAGGUAGCUAAAUGCACAGAACAGGUGUGCGUGAGUCUAGUUGAGGAGACUCUGAAUGCAGACAUCGCUGUGUUGGUUGAAAACCUGCUUGAAGCAGAGCUGCAGCGUAUCCACAAGUACAUCAAAAGGUGGCGUGACGUGGUGGCUGUUCGCCGGCAGCUGAAGCGACAGAUGCGAGGCUUUCCUGCAGCCCCUUGCUGCGUUGACCCUCGCUUCAAACUGAAGGCUCUGGCUCCCAGCGCCCCUGCUCAGCCCUCCAUAGCAGAUCUGGCUCGUGGUUUGGUCAACCUGGGAAAUGCUGGCAUGUUGGCACUCUCCAGCACCAGGUUGUACAAUAUGAAACGAGGAGCAAUCCACCAGAUGAGAGUUCACUACUACUUUCAGCAGCUGCUUGACGAGACAGUUUGGGCGCCUCUUGACCUGCCAGCGCUGGUGACGGAAAACAUCCCCAACGCACCCGAGCGAAUCUUCUGGAAGGCCGUCGUUCUUUUACCCAGCAACCAUGAGAGCGUUGCCAGCCUGGCAGACAGGAUCCUCUCUGACUGGCUGGAGGUGAAGCUCGGUGGGCAUAAGGAGUCAGAGGGCAGGGAGGAGCAGCCAGAGGGCACCCUGCAGACACUGACCGUCACCAACACGCUGCAGGAGAGCGGACAGUGCACUCACAAAGUCCACAUUAGCAUCAAGGUGUCUCGAGGUCCGCUAAACGAAGACGGCCUGUCCAAAAUGGAGGAGAGUUGUGAGCUCCAGGGGACGAGCGCCCUCAUCAUGCUGCUGCCCGCCCUGCCCUCCGUGGAGCCUGGGCAGGACGAGCAGGACGUCCCGCUGCUGUCCGCCUUGCUUCAGCUCAAACAGUUACAGCAAGCCAGCGCCUGGCACUGCCCACUGCCGCUCGUCAUCCUGGUACCGGGGCCAGACGGGGGCGCUGCUGAUACACAGAAACUUGUUGAAGCUUUGAAGCUGCACACACUGGUGAAGGAUGGCCUGAUAUCGGAGUAUACGUUCUUCUUCAUACCUGAGACCACUAAUGAUCUGCAGGGAUCCAAACAGAUAAGCCAGGCCAUGCGCUGGCUGGCUGUCCGUGCUCUGCCACCUUUCCCUCUCUCCUGUAAGACCCUGGUAGAGCUCAUUGAGUCCACCUUAAGUCAUGAAUUCAGUCCCAGAGUUUACUCCCACCGGUUGGAGCGAGCUGCCGCACAUCUUCCAUCCCAGGACCCAGCUCCUGUCGUCCAGCUUUACAACGCAGUCCUGACUCACGUCGCUGAUAAAGUGGCAUCUCAGGAGUUCUGCGGGCUCUCGUGGCCUCCGGGCGAAUUCUGUCUGCCUGACAUGAGGGAUUUUGUGCCUCAUCUGGCCUGGAACUCCUCCCAGCACCUGGCCUGGCUGCGGGAAAUCAUCCGCAGCCUGCAGCUGCCAGAGUGGGAGCAGCUGUCCGCAACAGACUCGUGGUCUGAGCUGUGCUCCUCCAUUUUUCGCUACGCCGCUAAGAUCCCGGUCUCAUGUCGCAGUCAACCCCUCCUCAUGUCUCGACUCGAAAACCUUCUGGAAAGAGUCAAGUUAAAGAGUCGGCGCACCCGAACCCCCGGAUACGCUGGAGAAGACGAUGCAUGUGUGGACUUCAGUUUGAUUCCUUGGGAUGACGUGCUGGUGAUCUGCAUUGACCACAAGCUGAAAGACUGGCAGAUACCUAAACCACCUGUCUGCCAAGAUGCUGUGACAGAGGAUGGAGAGAUUCUGGUUUACUUCCCCAAAUACUCACUGAAGGGCUUCCAGCCGCCCAAGGAGUGGACGGCGGCCAUGAGGCAAACUCACAGAGAGAAGCAGCAAGAGAAGGAGGGGGUGAGUGCAGCUGCUUAUGCCACACCCACCACGGCGACCCUCAGGCAGAGGUUGUUCCACAGUCUGGUGGAGCCCAUCGAGGCUCUGUCAGCCCCGCUGGACAUCACCCACACACCUACGCCACCGGAGCUGCUGGCCCACAAAGUCCUGCAGAGCUUAGAGGAGGAGAAGGCUGAAAGCAAGAGGAGCAUGGAGCAGCUUCAGUGCUGGGUGGAUGGCGACCCUUUGGAGCAACUGACCACCCCGCUCUUCCUCCCAUCCUCCACACUUCUGUCCAUGCCCACGACCAUAAGGCACACCCCCACAGCCAGGACUCGAGAGGCAUCUUUCACACAGGAGCCUGAUGAUCCUUCGGAAAAAGUGACCCGGCGUAAUACUGCUCCUGAAUCUUUGACGUGGCGACUGAAGGAGCUUGAACGCCAGAUCUUGGCAAGCCAAGAGGAAGAACUGGCCUGCAGGCUAAAGCUGAGCGGCAUGCUGAGCAUCGUCGAUGACUGACAACACUUGAAGCAAACAGAUCCUAAGUGUUUGCAUCUACAUACCUGUCUGACAUGAUCAUCACCUUUUCAACUCAGUGUGGUCGGGUCCACGGACUAGAAAUAGGAGUGUGUUUUUGUUUUGUUUGUUUUUUUGUUGUUGUUGUUGUUGUUAUUUUAAACAUGAAAAUGUAUAAUUUUGUAGCACUGACUCCGGAUUUAUUGUUGUUUAUUAAGAGUGUCUCUGUGCUACUAGUACAUUAAACGCUGGGGAUUGAACUCCUUUAAUCCCACAUUAUUAUUGAAUAUUACUGAAUUGUUGAAUAAAAGUGGAAUAUUUUUCUUGUAAAA